AUUUUUAGAUUCUAAUCUAUCCUUAUAUUCAAAAAGUAUCUUACUUCACUAAACCACAAAUAUGUCAGUCGAAGAACUCAAGUCUACUGUUGCCAAGCUUCAAGAAAGAAUCACCCAAUUGGAACAAAAGGCUGGUCUCGUUCCAAACGUUCCAAAGUCCAUCAGAAUGGUCUUGAUCGGACCUCCAGGUGCUGGUAAGGGUACCCAAGCUCCAAACUUGAAGGAAAAGUUCUGUGCUUGUCACUUGGCCACUGGUGACAUGUUGAGAGCUCAAGUCUCUGCCAAGACCUCUUUGGGUGUUGAAGCCAAGAAGAUCAUGGACCAAGGUGGAUUAGUCUCCGACGAAAUCAUGGUCAACAUGAUUAAGGAUGAAUUGGAAAACAACAAGGAAUGUUCCAACGGUUUCAUUUUGGAUGGUUUCCCAAGAACCAUUCCACAAGCUGAAAAGUUGGACACUAUGUUGAACGACAGAAAGACCCCAUUACAAUCUGCCGUUGAAUUGAAGAUUGACGACGAAUUGUUGGUUGCUAGAAUCACUGGUAGACUCGUUCACCCAUCUUCUGGUAGAUCUUACCACAAGCUUUUCAACCCACCAAAGAAGGACAUGAUCGAUGACAUUUCUGGUGAACCAUUGGUCCAAAGAUCCGACGAUAACGAAGGUGCCUUGAAGAAGAGAUUGGUGACUUACCACAAGCAAACCGAACCAAUUGUCGACUACUACAGAAAGGCUGGUAUUUGGAGCGGUGUUGACGCUUCCCAAAAGCCAACCACUGUCUGGUCUGACAUCUUGAAGUGUCUUGGUCAAAAAUAAGUUAUUUCCUGAUACUUGUUAAAACCAAUUAGAUUUCAACCUGUAUAAAAUGAAAUGAUUUAUAAUAAAUGUUACAAUAAGAGUAUUAAAAUUUAUAAUGGUUU